ACGAAUCAAGAGAGAGAAAGGAAAUUAAAAGAGAGAGAAACAGAGGAACACAUCUCUCAAAUGGCCACCAUUAGAGUACCAGACGAAGUUCCUUCUCCAGCUCAAGAUUCCGAAACUCUCAACCAAGCUUUCCGCGGAUGGGGAACAGACGAGAAGGCCAUCAUACGCGUCUUGGGAAAAAGAAACGAGAGGCAGAGAAAGAGAAUCAGAGAGAGUUACAGAGAGAUUUACGGCAAAGAUCUUAUCGAUGCUCUCACCUCUGAACUGUCUGGUGAUUUCAUGAAAGCUGUGGUUUUGUGGACUUAUGAUCCAGCAGAGAGGGACGCGAGGCUUGCUAACAACGUCUUGAAUGGGAAGAAGAAAAGCAUAGAGAAGCUGAAGAUCAUCGUGGAGAUCUCUUGCACAACUUCUCCUAACCAUUUGAUUGCUGUGAGGAAAGCUUACUGUUCUCUCUUUGACUCAUCUCUUGAAGAACACAUUGCUUCCUCUGUUCCUUUCCCUCUUGCAAAGUUACUGGUGAUAUUGGCAACUUCUUUUAGAUAUGACAAAGAAAUGGUUGAUACGGAAGUAGCUGCUAUCGAGGCGGGUAUGCUGCGUGAAGCCAUGACAAACAAGCAGUUAGAUCAUGAUCAUGUACUCUACAUAUUAGGAACUCGAAGUAUCUACCAGCUUAGAGAAACUUUUGUUGCUUACAAGCAGAGUUAUGGGAAGACAUUAGAUAAGGAUGUUGAUGGAUGUCCAGGAGAUGCUGAUCUGAGAAGUCUAUUACAGAUGGUGAUCUUGUGCAUUGAGUUCCCUGAGAAACACUUUGCAAAGGUUGUAAGUGAUUCCAUUGAAGGUUUUGGAACAGAUGAAGAUUCGUUGACGAGAGCCAUUGUGACGCGUGCAGAGAUUGAUCUGAUGAAAGCAAGAGGAGAGUACUUCAACAUGUACAAUACAAGCAUGGAUAACGCUAUUAUUGGUGAUGUUUCCGGUGACUACAAGGACUUCCUCCUCACUUUGCUUGGUUCCAACAUCUGAUCUUUGUUUUUCUUUUAAAAUAUUCUUGGCUUUGGCUUGUGUUUUGCUGUGACUUGUAUCAAAAAACCUCAUUUUCGAUUUUCCGAUUCGAAAAAUGUUAUAAAAAUAAUCAAACUA